AUGUCCCAGUAUACUCCCAUAAACUGGCCACCUCCCCCACUUGGGGACUGGCCCUCAAACAGGGCCGCCCUAACCUAUGUUCGUGAACAACUUCGAGAAGCGGAACGCAACCCGACGCCUUUCCACGACGUUAUCAAAGACUUCAAGAAGCUUGUGGAUGAGGACCCUGCUCUAAAAGUCCUUUCUGAAAAAAUGUUUCAGGAAAUACCUAUAGUGGAAGGAGACGUAACGUUUGAAGCCAAAAAUUUCAAUGACGCAUUAAAGGUCUGCAACGCUAUCCUGACCUCUCCACCAUAUGUGAGGACGUCUGGGGCAGAUAUUAGUGCCAUUACCGUCCCGUUUAAUGCUGUUUUUAACUGGCCAGCGGCCACGACCAGCGGCUACGCAUUUUUUUUAAACCCGGAGGUCAAUGGAAAAUUGAAAAAUAUGAUCAACAAGUGGGGUGAGUUCCUAAGCGGACCGGACUCUACAAAAUACCUUGCGUCGGACAUACCCCAUGAUGAGGAGGGCAAAUACUGGUUCAGUGAUGGUUACCAACAGAGAAUGAAGGAGUAUGGGCAAUGGAUUGGAAAAAAUAUUGAAGAUCUCUACGACUGCAACCCACAUUUGUCCACCUGGGGUUUCAAUAGCUGGGAUGCCUUUUUUACACGCAGCUUUCGUGAGGAUGUCCGCGCCCUAAGUAAAGACGACAGGGACAAUGAAAAACUUAUCGUGAACCCCUGCGAGGCUGGAUACCAGAACUUAAGUUUGAGGGUUAACGAUCGCGAUACAUUCUGGCUUAAAGCUCAGCCGCAUUCAAUGCUGAAUAUGCUGAACUUCGAUUCCAACAGCUACAAGUUUUUUAACGGUACUGUCUAUCAAGGCUGGCUCAGCUCGGCAUGCUACCACCGCUGGCAUGCUCCUAUCUCGGGAACAGUAACAAAGAUUGUACAAGUCCCGGGAACAUACUACUCGAACGUUCGAUCAAAUCUCUAUCCAAGUCCAGAUCCAUCUGGCCCAAAUCUCUCCCAGAACUAUUUGUCCUCGGUAGCGACGCGAGCUUUAAUCUUUAUUGAAGCAGAUAAUAAGGAUAUCGGCCUUGUAUGUUUCAUAGCAAUCGGGAUGAAUGAAAUAUCAAGCUGUGAAGUUACUGUCAAAAUGGGCCAGCAUGUAACCAAAGGACAUGAGCUUGGUAUGUUCCACAUGGGUGGGUCGGCUUUUUGCCUGGUGUUUGAGCACCGUGCGAAACUUCAAUUUGAGAGAGAACCAGAUAAGACAGACGACAACCCUCACCAGAUGUUCAAACUUAAUAGCCCUUUAGCGCAUGUGCAAAACUAA